GAGACAAGUGUUACUGAUGUAGUUGUUAGUAACCUCUGGCACAGUGAGCACGCUACUGUCUCAGCUGGAAAUUAUUUUCGUUUUUCCCUCGAGCCGUUUACAUAUGCCAGACAUUAUUUCACUUUACUACGUGUACUGGAAGUAGUAAGAUAUAGCAGGAUUAUCGGGGUGACUGGGGAGUACCUCUGGGGCCUCAAGUUAACAUGUAAAUGCAUUGUCGUCUGCAGUGAGGUGUCGCUCAGCUGAUUUCGACAGGGUAUCUGAAUGGUUAUCUCCAAAAGAGAAAACUUGGGACCAGUAAGCCAACAUGGUGUCCAUUGUAUGAAGGUCGUGUUACUCUUCUGUGUACCGGUAUGGUAGGCGGGGGUGUGGGUAGGCUUCAGGGUGCAGGAGGGGCAGCUCUUAAUGCUCUUGACUAUGGCCCCUCAUCGCCCUUGGCCACUACUACUCACACCACACCACACCCUGCACUGCAACCCAUUACUGCAUCUGCUGAUACCCCCUCUUAUGUGACAAGUGGAACAUUGAGUGAAACUUUAUAUUCUUCCUUGAGAAGUAUUUAUGAGAGAAUGACUAACUACACAAAUUUAUGCCAGGCUAACUGCUCUGGCCGUGGCGAGUGCCUGAAUGGUACCUGCUUUUGCCUGGUUCAGUAUGAAGGGGACACCUGCAGGGACCCCAACCUUGCAUACUUUAUCAGCUUUGCUGCUGUGUUUUACCUGAUAGCAGCUGUAUGUUUGGCUCAGUUGGUAGUGUGCAUUCAGUCAGAAUAUAUGAAACAAAAAACACCAUCCCUCAAGCGGGCAUGUCGAGUGACUACCCAAAAGUUGCUGUAUGUUAUCACCUUUGUUGCUGCCAUGCUAAGAGGGGUGUACUUCUCAUCUCCUUCAAAUGCUGAUCUGAAGCUGGCACCGUCCUUCAUGAGUGCCUUCUACCCUAUCAUCCUCAGUGCAGGUUCCCUUAUUGUCUGCUUUUGGGCUGAGGCAUUCCACUUGCGUGACAUCAGAUGUGAACGGCCAAGGUUUCUCAGUAAAUCUUUCUGCGGUUUCCUGACAUUCAACAUCGUCACAUAUUCCCUCCUGGUGGCAGAAAUUCUGCUUACCCGGGACACUCAAACUCAAGAGGAGAGGAGUUUCUUAAGUCAUGUGUUCAAUGGCUGCUAUGCUGUCUUGCUGUUCAUAGUAGUUGUAUUCUUCCUAAUAUAUGGAGUUGAAGUAUACUUUAAGGUACGUGGGGGCUUCGUGAGUGACACCAUUAUUGUGGGGAACGUCCAUUCCCGAACCCCUCCCCAGGAUCACCACCUUCCUCCCCUUCUUGACACUAAUGAUACAGAUUCCCCACCAUCUUCAUCCUCAUCCUCCUCUUCCCUUGAUCCUCCUGCUUCACCUUCCCCAAAGAAGUCUGCUUCUAAAUCAGCAUCAUCUAUGCUCAAACCUUCUGGAGAGCAAGAGCAGGACCCAUCCACCCAAUGCCUUGUAGCAGACCAGGUGGUUGGGGAGUUCACUGGUGAAGCUCCUCCACACAGAGGCAUUGAUCAGUCACAGUUACAUCAGUCCCGAUUUGGGCUGGUUUUUCAAGCUUGUAUGCUGAUGAUAACCGUCUGCUUCCUAUUUUCUGAUGUGCUGGGAGGAUUUUGGAAAAAUAGAGUUCCACUUAUGUCAAGAAAUGCUUAUGACAUCAUCUUUCGUGUGGUGGAGCUUGGGGUGGCUUUGUGGUUUCCGUGUGUCUUGUGGAAUUGCAUGUCACCAGAGCAGUUAUGGAUCCUUAAUCCUAAAAAAAUUCUCAAGAGGCUCGAUAUUGAUCGAUCACUGGAGCUUGGACAACCUGUCCCACAUACCAGUGAAGGAGUCACUGGAGAUUCAAGUGCAGAGUGCUGGAUAUGCUAUGACACUGAGCGCAUAGAUGCAGGACCUCUCAUCCAACCAUGUGACUGCCGAGGUGAUGUUGGCGCCGUGCACCAUCAUUGCCUUCGUAAAUGGCUCAUGGAGUGUGCUGAAAAUUCUUCAGAAAAUCUAUCAUGCAAGGUGUGUGGGGCGGUAUAUCAGUUAGAAAAGGGUCGGGCAUGGUGGAUUGGUCAGGGCUUCACAGCGCGGCACUGGCUUCAAACUGCCUCUCUGGUGACUGUCAUGUGUGGCACAAUAGCUGGCACCUGGGCUGUUGUUCAGAUGUAUGAUGAUGCCUACAUUAGAUCGCUGGCUGCUGGAGCAACUCUCUUAAUCAUAUAUAUCUGUUUAAGGUUUUUGGGCUUCAAUACAUUCAGUGCAUAUCAGCGAGCAAGAUACUCGGCUGUCAAAAUCCUUGGACGGCAUUUUGCCCAGCGUGACCACAGCAGCACGUCAGGGGAAUCCACAAUACCAGGAGUGGCAGCAAGUGUUGCGACUAUCAGUUCUGAAGUAUCCGUUGAUAUGAAUGCUACUGGUGUCCCCAAAUUACCAGAGGCCACCAUCUAAACUUAUUAGUUGGUGUCAAAAUAGUGAUAAAGAAUUCCAUAAAAUAAGAGAAACAGUACAUACCAGUAGAGUACUGUACGUGUGAUGAAUAGUUAACAGACACGAUAAAAAUACUUGAGAUCUUUCUGCUUUAAGAAAAUAUGUGAAUGCUGGCAUUCUCUAGUGAUACAAAGAAUAUAUCUAUAAUAUAGUGGGUAGUUUUCUUAUGUAUGGUAAGAUGUUAGACUAGGUGAAGGAACUCAUCAAAAAAGGUUACACCCCAAACUACAAUGGUAAAGGCAUAAAGACAGUAGUUUGUGGUGCUAAUUAAUAGUACCAUACUGGGUAAUUGCCUCCUUUUUACUUUUAGUGAUGCAGUCAAUAUGAUGCUGAUUUGGUUUAUGUAGCUACAAGAAGGUUGCACCAGUUAGAAUUAUCUCAUUAGAGAGAAAAUAUGUGAUACUUGUAAAAAAUUAAAUGAAUUUUCUUCACUGUCAAUAACAGUGUAGUGCUGUGCAGAUUUUUUUAAUACGCCAAAUACUGAAAUUGCCAUGGCUUUUUUUAAUGCAAUUACAGUACAGUGGAUACUGCUUAAUUUAAUGUACUGUACACUAUAUUUAGUUUAUGAAGCUCCUUUUUCAUGAUAAAUGUAUUUAUAUCAUUCAGUUUUUAAUUAAAAAAUCUCACCCUGAAGUAUACAGUUGCUCUUCUUUAAUGCUAUAUUUGUAUAAUGCUCACAACACACAAUGUAUGGCCAUCACCAGAAUAAUUAUUUAUGCCAGCCAGCAUUUGUUGCUCCAUUUUUUGCAUCACAUUUUACACUCAUUAUAGGGUUUUGUGUUUAUCCAGAGAUGAAUAAAAUCUAGUUUGGAUUACUGUGAAGGCAAAAAUUCUAGAAAAUUAGCAAGAAAAUAACAGUUCUGGAAAUAUGUAAAAAUGGGUUUAUCGAUAUCACUUUGAGAUCUUCAGAAAAUAAAUGAAGUAAUGUAAAUCUAACAGAGUUGUUGGAGUAACAGUUUAGACCUGAAAACACUACUGAAUUUCUUCUUGAGCUUUCAGUUGGUCACCUGCACCACAAAAGAAUUCUCUUCUGGUGGUAGCUGAAAAGCUUAAAAACCAUUUUUUUUUUCCCCCAAUUUAACAAAAGUAGGCUUUCCAGAAGUGUAGCCAACAUUUCCAAAGUUUGGAGUCAUCAUUUCUCUGCUAGUUUUGAGAAUACUAAAUUUUUGUAAAUAGCCAGUAAGCAACAUGUACUUUCAGUGCAUAAUGUUUACUGUGAAAAGUUAUGAAACAAUUGUUUUAGUGCCAACAACAGGGAGAAUAAGAGGCCACAUUCCUAAAUUUGAAAAACUUGGCUGAAAGGAUCCAGUAAAGCGUUUUUUCACAAAUAGUGAUCACGACAAUAGAAGAAGUGUGUGCUACAGCCACUGGUAAUUAUAUACAAAAGAACAUUACAAAAUAAAUGCUGAAGAUGAGAGACUGCAUACAUAACUGUGCUCUAACUAAAAAUACUUAGAUAUAGGUACAGUACAUACAUUCUGAUGCACAUUAAAAGUGUUUCAGUUUUGUCUAUUCUGUAAAUAUUUAAAAGGUUAAUUCAUUGAUGGGCUUUACCUCAAUUCCUAUGGAUGGCUUAGGUAGAGAUUGUAUAAAUUGUUAAGUUACCUGAGACCAGUUAAGAAUGUGUAUAUAAAACCACAUGGAAUAGAUUGCCACAUGUAACUGAAAGCAAUAUAUUAUAGUUUUUAAUUUAAAGUACUGAUUAAAUACUUCUUUCUCUAUAUCCUUGACUUAAAUUGUUCUGCCAUAGUCAUUGAAAAGAGCUUUGUCUCAAAUCUGUGGUUGUUUGAUUUUACGUAUAUGAAUAUCUUUCUAACAAAUAUCAUAGAGGAGAAUUACAAUGCAAAGCCAAGCUUGCAUUACCAUGUGUUUUCAAAAACAGAAAAGUACUAGAGAAAUUUGACCCCCAUCUUGAGGAUCCAGAGACAGUGCCAAGUUCCUUAACUUUGCAAUAAAAUUCUUAAUGCAAAACAUCAAGAAACCAAAGAGAAUAGCUAAUGAACUGGCUGGCAAGACUAGACAUAUAAUACUGCUGUAUUCCCCCUCAGCAACUAAAAUAUAAAAACAGUUAAAUAGGAAGUCUGCCAAGUGAACAAUCUCUGCAUACCAAUGUUCUGUUACCCACUGGAAAUAAAACUAAUUAGUACCUUUAGGGAAGAUGGAAGAUCCAACGGAUCAGUAUCCAAGAAAGGCAUCGAUGAAUACAUGAAUUUAUUUCUUACGAAUAUUGUGGAACACCAAACUUAGUUAACUUCCUAAGAAAUUCUGCAUCUAUUUAACCAGAAAUGCAGGGAAGCAUCAGACAAGUUUGUACCUUCCCACAGGAAAACAAACAAGAUGCACUGGGAACAGAAUACAGUAGCUUCAUACAAGUGCAGGAAUACAUCCUAUGGAAGAAAAUAAAUAGAUGAACAGCAAAGUUAGUAAAAACUGUCUUAAAGUAGAGAAAAGUGGAAAGACAAUAUGAAAUGGGCAUAUCAGCCACAGCAAAAGUGGAUUAGUGCUACUUCAUAGUGUACCAGAAGGAAAAUGGAAGAAAGUGCUCAUAAAUUAUCAGAUACUAAACUGAGGAAAGAUUAGAGAAAACUUGAGAGAGUAGCAGGGUUAUAUACUGUAUAAGAAAUUUGGAAAAAGACUGCAUAACAUCUUCACAGAUUAGCAUAGGCCAUUACCAGAGAAGUAGAAUAGACAUAGGCAAACCAUACAGAACUAUUAGAGAUUAAUAUGAUAAGGAAGAAUACAAAAAAGGCUCUUGAAGGAACUCUAUAGAUCAUAAGCAAGAGAGUCUAAUGAGCUGGAUGUAGAAUUACAACUGCCAACUGUAAUGAAGACAGUAUUUCACUAUGUGUAGAGCUGCAUCAUGUCAGGCACCUGACAAAAUCCUGCCUCAUACUGAGAGCAGCUGAAACAUUCCACAAUUGCCUCUCAAAAUUUCAGCAAAUUAGUAAAGAUGAGAAAAUUAUCUGCAAGAUCGCAGGAACAUGGUAAACAUUAUUAAACCAUUUUUACAUAAAUCCUAGAUAAAAACAAUUAAAUGAGAAAUCUUUCGUUCUUUCAACACACUGGCUGUAUCCCACUGAGGCGGGGUGGCCCAAAAGGAAAAACAAAAGUUUCUCCUUUUACAUUUAGUAAUAUAUACAGGAGAAGGGGUUACUAGCCCCUUGCUCCCUAAAUGAGAAAUACCAUUAAAUAUUUAUUCAUUUUCAGUUUAACAAUUUCCUAUUAGCAGGUGGCAGCAACUUGAAUCCAGAUUUUCUUAGUUUUUGCCUUAUAGAUUGCCCAACUCUUGCAUGUACAGUUACAAGUCUUCUUACAUAAGUGCUCAGGAGACUGAACCGGUGGAAGCUGCAUAGGGCUUCAAAUAAACAUAUUUUUGUUUGUUUGACUGACUAUAGGUAUAGACAACUAAUAAGGCUUGGAAAUUUACUAUUCAUCAAAUUCAUUUAACUUCUGAUAAUGGAUAAGAAACCAAAAAUUUAGAUCACCUCAAAAUGUCCACUUUUUCCCCAUGAGAAUUAGUGAAAUAGUUAUCUAAAUUUUGAACAUGCCAUAUAUUUUUUCAUCAAAACUGACAUAGCAAUAUAACCUAGUCUUGCUAAAAUUUACCGGUGACAUACCUGUGAUUUUGUUAUUUAUCUAAACUGUCUUGCAAUUUGCAUAACAGUAUUUCAAUUUUCCAUGGGAGAAGAAGGAAAAAGGAGUAGCAAAUCAGGUGACCCAAAAUUUUUAGCAAGCUUUAAGGUCAUUUGUCUGAGCAUAUUUUCAUACUUAAGGGCAGUGAUUAAAAUACUGAAUUUGCCAAAAUGCUAUGCAUGUUGGUUUAAUUAGUAACUAAGCAACACUAUUAUAAUUUUCUAUAAAAUUUAUUCUGCUGUAAUAAUAAACUUUGUGUAAAUAAAUAAAGGAGUUCCCUCU